GCUUUAGUACCAGUGGACGAGCGUCUCGGCGACAUCUUCCGGGACCUCGACGAGGCCACCGUCAUAUUGGAACCUGGUGGAGGGCAUCCGACACAGGCUUAUUCCAACCAACUUCAGCGAGGGACUUUUCUGACUACCACCGCUGUGGAAGGAGGUCUCAGGAGAAGCCUCGACCUCCUGGAGCGUGCCGACGUCCCCAAGGACGUCGCUCGCCUUAGCUGUCACGCAGCGCCGACCACGCAAAGCACUCGACAUCAUUUCCCAGUUAUCGCUCCCAAGCACGCGGAGAGGGAGGGUGGCAGGAUCGUGCCCAUCACGGCGAACGUGACUCUGCCGCCUCAGGUAAUCGAUGAUGAAUCUGACGACGAGGAGGAUGACUACUUCGACGAGGGACGGCUGGCCCCACCUGAGGACUACCCGCCCUUGCCACGAGCUCCUCCUUUCGCGCCACCAGGGGCCGAAGCGGUUCCGGGUCCCAACGAAGAGUUCGAAGCGGAGCGAAUGCCGUACGAGACCAUGCAGGUUGACCACCCUGUGGAUCCCGUGCAGCUCACGUCCUAUGACAACGACUGGCUCGUAGAGCAUCUAACACCCAGGCUACGGGACUUUAUCAUUUCCCGAUUCCAGCCGGAUCUCAUCACCGAGCCGAAGUUCGUUGCUUCCAUAGGCAAGUACGUCAGCGCGAAGUAUCUGCAGACAUCUGGGAGCUUCGUCUCGGUGUUCAUGCGUCCGCAGACCAGCCUGAGCUCGGAUCCGAACACCACCAUGCCGGUUCACUACAACCUGCCCAAAGCCCAGAUCGUCCUCUUCAUGCGACAGGCAGAGACACACAUUGAAGAACUCGAGCAGCACCAAGAGUACCUCCGAGCGUCUCUCCGGGCGCUGCGGGCGCUGCUCUCCACAGCCGCGGGUGGUUUGUCGGAGAAUGACUUCGUGAACGUGCUCUUGCCUAUGAACUAUCACGCGUUCACAGAGGCGGAGGGCUCCAUGCUCGAAGCCGAGAAGCCGCUCCUGCGCCUCUCCUCGGGAAAGAACACGGUAAUCAUCAUCGACACGUCUGGGGCCGUUGCAGAGCACCUUCCCUACGUCAAGGCGGCCAUCAAGCGGACCUUGCAUGCCCACAUGUGUGGCAAGGAAACCUUUCAACUCAUCCGCUUCACGAAGACGGGAGAGCCCCGGCUCUGGGCGCAGGACAUGAUGGCGCCAACCGAGACUGCCUUCGAAUGUGCAGAGACGUGGAUCGACCGGCUGGAGUCAGCGGAUUCCGGGAACGUUGCCCAGGCCGUGCGGUGUGCUUUGGCCUUCAAGAGCUGUGAUGAGAUUCACAUCAUCUCAUCGGGUACUUGUUUCCGACCGGUCGAGCACGAUCAUUUGCUGUCGAGCCUCCGUUAUCUGAACAAGAGGGAGGUCGCCAUCCACACCUCAGGCGUCGACCCAAAUCCACACAGCGAGCGUUUGCUGAGGAAUAUUGCGGAGAGCAACCAUGGGGACUUUACCUUGAAGUUCUUCAGAGAUCAAGGCAUUGGCCGGGCGAAUGUCAUCCCAAGCAACCACGCCAAAUGGACGUCAUGGCGCACCAUGCUCGUCAACGAAAAGAGUCGGCAGUUAUCCGAUGCUUUCAAGAAGCAGAAGAUGAGCAUUGGGAGCCAGAUGAAGAUUUUGGUUCUAGCAGCCAAGGCGGACCUCCGCUGGGAAACCGGUGCCCGGCUUCUCGAUGCGGCGAAGACUACACGUCGCGUUAGCCACAUCGAGGCAUUUAAGUCAAGAGCUGUGAGCAAGGCCUCCGGCGUCGACUUGAUCAUCUCGGACAGCACCCUCUGCGCCGUGAGCCCGAAGGAGCGGGAUUAUGCCGGCAAAGUCGCCGCGGACACACUCUUCCCAGUGCCGGUGGCUCCGGCGUGGGGAAGUAGCUUCGUCGGCGGCGGUUUCAAAAACCACCUGCUGCGUUGGCCACCACCUCGGCGUGGAUGCGUCAAAGCAGUGGGGCGCUUGGCGAAAGCUGCCGGAGAAACCGCAGCCCGUCACACUCCUGCUGACCUGGACGCGGCCAUUGCCGACUUCCGAGAGGCAAGCGUCAGCUCGGAGCUUUCUUCCAAGCCUACUGCAGACGGUGCAGGCCUGCGCCAACUGGGAGUAUCGGGUGGUCUUGGUAGACGUCGUUGA